UCUAAAUCUAAUAAGGAAAGAAGAAAUGGCCCCUGUGGGAUUGCCUCCUGGUUUUAGAUUUCAUCCCACUGAUGAAGAGCUUGUCAAUUAUUAUCUCAAGAGAAAAGUUCAUGGUCUAGAGAUUGAACUUGACAUUAUUCCUGAAAUUGAUCUUUACAAAUGUGAGCCUUGGCAAUUAGCAGAAAAAUCAUUUUUGCCCAGUAAGGAUCCAGAAUGGUUUUUUUUUGGGCCAAGGGAUAGAAAAUACCCAAAUGGAUUCAGAACAAAUAGAGCGACAAGAGCUGGAUACUGGAAAUCGACAGGGAAAGAUCGUAGAGUAACAUCCCAAAAUCGAGCAAUUGGGAUGAAGAAGACAUUGGUUUACUACCGGGGAAGAGCGCCUCAGGGCUUGAGGACUGAUUGGGUUAUGCAUGAAUACCGAAUCGAUGAUAAAGAGUGUGAAGGAACCUCCGGCAUUCAGGACUCAUACGCAUUGUGUCGUGUGUUCAAGAAGAAUGGAGUUUGUCCAGAAAUAGAAGAGCAGCUAGGGCAAUCUAGUGCACAAUUUCUGGCACCUCAAGAUCAAGGGAUGAUGAUCCACGAUUACGAAAUGCCAUCACCAGAAGUGCCAUUAACUUCUUCUUCAUCAUGCAUGGAAUUAGAAGAAGAUAAAGAUGAUUCAUGGAUGCAGUUCAUAACUGAGGAUGCAUGGUGUUCAGGCUCCUCUUCCUUUCAUACCGAAGAGAUUGCAUUCACGAACUAAACUACUGGAUAUUAUUAAUAUCUGAUUGAUAGCAAUUUUUUCAUAUGUUUCACACAUAAUAAGUCAUAUUAUUCGAAUCAAGUUUGUUACUAGUACCUUUUUUUCUAAUUAAGGAGAAUGAUUUUCAUUAAUUGUACUUAAGGUUUUGCAGUUAUUGUUUUGUGUGGUUGGUUAUCUACAUCUGCUUAAGCCAAUUUAUGUUGUGGCUUUGCAGAUUCAGAUUUUGACCUCUUUCUUGAGGCUAUUAUGGUGCUACUUGUGAAAUAAAGGUCAAUGGUUUUU